AUGAAACCCGGCGCCAUGCGUCUGGCCGACGAAGAGCGCGUGUGUGUGAUGGAGGGGGAAUGGAGCUCCACGGGGGUCAUCAGACAGGUGGUGGAGGAAGGACAGGAGGACCCCUUCUACGUCAUGGACCUUGGGGAAAUAGUGCGUCGCUACCAGCACUGGAAGGCUAUGAUGCCGCGCGUCGAGCCCUUUUACGCCGUGAAAUGCAAUGACGAUAAGCUGCUGGUGCGGACGUUGGCCGCGCUCGGGACGGGCUUCGACUGCGCCUCCAAGGCGGAAAUACAACUCGUCAUGGACAUGGGCAUUAAGGCCGAGCGCAUAAUAUUCGCGAAUCCCGCGAAGAUGGCGUCCCACAUCCGCUACGCCACGGCUCGAGGAGUCACCACCAUGACUUUCGACUCGGAGGCGGAGCUGCACAAAAUCAAGCAGAUAUCGCCCGACGCACGGCUGGUGAUCCGCAUCCGUUGCGACGCUGCGGCGGCCCAGUGUCCUCUGGGCAUCAAGUUCGGCUGCGAGCCUCUCACGGAGGCCCCUCGUCUGCUAAAACUCGCCGCCGUCCUGAAGCUCAACGUGGCGGGCGUCGCCUUCCACGUGGGUUCCGGCGCCGGCGAGAGCGCCGUCUACGCUCGCGGGAUAAAGGUGGCGCGCAUGCUCUUCGACCUGGGAGACACGCUCGGCCUCGACAUGCGAGUGGUCGACAUCGGCGGCGGCUUCGCCGGCGACGCCGACUCCGAUCUGCGAGACGUGGCCCGAGUGGUGAACGCGGCGAUCGAGGCGAACUUCGGCGAGCGCGAGGUGCGCGUGAUCGCCGAGCCGGGCCGAUACUUCGCGGCCGCCGCGUACACGCUCGCGACCAUGGUGCACGCCACCAGACAGCUGACGAACGCGUCGUCCGAGUCCCACACGAUGUACUUCAUAAACGACGGCGUCUACGGCUCCUUCAACUGCGUGCUCUACGACCAUCAGACCGUAGUCGCCGAACCGCUGGACCCGUGUGACUCCCGGCCCGAAGCCUGCUCCGUGUGGGGUCCGACCUGCGACGGCUUGGAUUGCGUGAUAGCUUCUUGCCGCCUUCCCGCUUUGCGCACGGGACAGUGGCUGGUCUUCAAGGACAUGGGCGCCUAUACGCUCCCCGUGGCCUCCGCUUUCAACGGGUUCCCCGUGCCUAAAGUCAAGACGAUUGUCGAUAAACGACUUUGGGCCGUUCUAAAAGAGCUGUGGCCGUUGAACGAGGCCGACGUGACGGUGGACAUCUGCCCCCUCGGCCCCCAGAGCCCCGAGUCUUUGACCCCUCGCUCGGAAACCCCUUCCCCCACUCUGGAAAGCCCCCAUCACACCGUGUUCGUGGAGUGCGCGCUCAAGUAG